AUCAAAUGCCAAAAACAAAAAUAUUGAACUAAUCGAGCUGUUUGUGAUUAUCAAUUCGAUUUUUAGUUUAAAUAAAUACAUACAAUAAAUACAUACAGUAAAAUUAUUGAUAUUCACAGUGCAGUUUAGAAAUCAAUGUUCUAAUUUUGCUAUGUGACAAUUCAAGAAGUGAUAAAUUGAUGCGAUCGUAUUGAACAUUCUAAUUUCGUCCGUCAUAGAGUUCCAUUUCUGCGGAAAUGGCUGCUUUACCACCUCGUAAAAAUCCUACGCCAACCAAAAUUUCGAAGCAACACCUUACCCCGUUACAAAUUCUGCUUCAAAUGGGCUUUCCGAAACAUAGAGCUGAAAAAUCAUUGGCCGCAACUGGAAAUCGUGGGGUGCAACUGGCCUCUGAUUGGUUAUUAGCACACGUCAAUGAUCCGUCAUUGGACGAAUGUUCGCCACGGGAGUACAUUUUGUAUGCAUGCCCGACAGGACCGUUCCUUCAACAGCUAGAAAAUUUCUGGACCCAAUCGCAUGAACUAUGUGGUUGGAAUGGAGCACACAAUUUCACACCGCAUAUCACGCUUGUAUCUUUCUUCAAAGCUCCAGAUGAAUGUGCACCUCAGUUGUCAAAAGCACUAAAAGAGCUGAUGGCCUUACCAGGUGCUCAUAUCGAUAGGCCUAUUUCAUUGGAACUAUACACUAGUCCAAACUUCAUGGGUUUCUUUGUGGUCGAAGAUGAUGCUAACUAUCUAAAACGCCUUGCACUGCAAUAUGUCAAAGAAGUGUCACACUCAAUAAUCAGCGACACCUAUGAACAGUUAGACGCGCUAGUUACCUGUUUUCCAUGGUGCGGGGGAGUAACAUCAGCCCGUUGUAUACCGCGUAGCAGCCGAUCAAUAUCACUUGAGCCACAUGUGAAAUCAUUGCACCUUACUUUAGCAUACCAGUUUUCACCGAAUAAAUUCAACGCAUUGAAGCAACUGGUAGAAAAUUUGGAUAGCUCAUUCACCAGCGCUAACUGGGAGCUACGGCUUUACUCGCGAGACUCUCGGCUAGCUACAAAACAGGUACACAAAGUUUUAUAUCCACAUACACCACGAGAACUCGACGAACUUGAACUGCGAAUUGGAGACUACAUUUACAUGACCCCAGAGGCGAUUCAAAACUCAACCGAUGGAUGGGUUGAAGGAAUAUCUUGGCUCACCGGCAUCAGCGGUUAUUUACCAGAAAACUACACCGAGCGGACAGCAGAAUCGGAUGCGUGGACCAUGCAUCGUACUGUACCACUAUGUGACGUAUCGCCAGAUGUUGAAUCCGGCUCUGAUAUGGUGGACGGAGUUCGACAUAAUAUACAAACAACAGUAUUUAGUCAUGUUGAUUUGGACAACCAUGAUAUUGAGUCGCAAGAAACAGUAUCUAUUGGGAAUAUAGAAACACAAAAGUGUGAUGAAGCACAGAUUUCACUUACAGUCGAUACUGAUAAGCAAAAAGACAAUAUUGUGGUACCAGAAAAACUAUAUGAAUUGAUGGAGAACCAAACCUCGCUGUCUGUAAUUAGUACAAGAAGUAAUAUGUGUACAGGGGGUGAAACCGAAGAAAUUCGCCCAGUUCAAGAGAUUGCAGCAGGACGUAGAAUCUACGUACUACGUCAUGGCGAGCGAAUAGAUUUUACAUUUGGAACGUGGAUCCCGUAUUGCUUUGAUGAAGCCGGUAACUACAUUAGGAAAGAUUUAAACAUGCCAAAGUCAUUACCUCAAAGAAGAACUAGUUUAUGGCAACGUGACUCACCGUUAACAAAUAUUGGUCGAUAUCAAGCCCUAUUAACAGGCGAAGCCAUGAAAGAAGCCGGGGUUCGCAUUGACCAUGUAUUCAGUUCACCGUCGUUUCGAUGUAUUCAGACUGCUUCCUCUAUUCUUGAAGGCCUUGGAUUAAAAGAAAAUCAACCAAUACACAUAGAACCAGGUUUGUUUGAGUGGCUGGCUUGGUAUCAAGAUGGACUACCAGAAUGGAUGUCUAACGAAGAGCUUAUUGCUGCUGAUUACAAUAUUGCUAUGGAUUACGAUCCACUUUCAAAAGUUAGCCAUCUAAAAGAGCAAUUGCAAGAAGAUUUAGAAGAUUUUUAUCACAGAAACUCGGCAGUAACUGAACAUUUGAUUAAAACAACUUGUGGAAAUAUUCUGCUAGUCGGUCAUGCAACGACCUUGGACACUUGCACUCGAAACAUCGUGGGUGAAAAACUUCGUUCAACAAACGACAUGAGCAGAAUUAUGCAAAAAGUUCCUUACUGCAGCAUGGCUGUGAUGGAAUCGGAGACUGGUACCGCGAACUGGAAACUCGUAGAACCUCCUUGUGACCCUGUUACUCACACUAACAAUAAUCGGUUCGAUUGGAAAAUUCUACUCUGAAACACUCUGUUCGUAUGAAAUGCAUUUCCAUGCAAAGGUAUCAUUAAAUCAGGACUUGUUUGGUCAAACAAUUGCAAAUAUGUAGUCGAUUAUAUUAUCUAGCUAUUUAUUGAAAAUAAACUUUUUAAGUAAUA